AUGCCCAUUUCCUACUGCUGUCACCUCAUCUCUGCUAUCGAGCUGCGGUACGCAUCAGACACGCGAAUACCAGCGCCCAUUCUUCGUGCCUUCAAGCACCCGCGCAUUUACGACAACAAUCGCAACAUCUCCCCUUGUAGGAGUGAAACAUUAGACACCGAGGAUGGGUGGAUUGACGAUGUGGCGAAAUGCAACCGCAUCCUAGAGCCGCAUGGUUACUCACUGAUUCGCCAGGGCGAUGCCCAAGGUUUGUUGACAAUAAGCAGGUUUGAUUACCGGGAAAGGGAAGGUCGUAAGCGGCUGCGAGAUCAACACGGUAACCACGGAUAUGAUGCACUUAGUUCCUCAUCUACGGCCACCUAUGGUGGCGCGCUACACCAUAUCACUGAAAUCGUCAGGCAGGCAAUGUUAUACCACAUUUGCCUAUUCGAUGAAUUUUCACAGGACUUUGAGCAAUUCACGUACAAAACUCCCCAAUCCUCACGAGAGCCGCGCAAAAUACGCAAAAAUUCAGCAUAUGAGAUGUCUUACGCACUAAAGGACUGUUUGACUCAGUUGCGAAAGAAGAUCGACGAUGCCAUGGAGGCGGUGCUUAUUACCGAAGAGUACAGCGGAAUAUUUACAAACGAAGAGGUGGUGAUCACACGAUCUACCAUGGGAUUUCGUAACCUGCUCGUAGAAGAGGGAAUCAAAUUUUGCAGCGUAUACGAUGCGACCGCUUCGCCUUCUAGUCCGACGGUUUUGAACGACACAGGUGAAAGUCACGACGAUCUAGUCAGCUGCUACCUAAAAGCACCGGUCACAUGUCAAUCACAAGAGUCACGGGAAACUUGGGCUGGGGAGUUAACCAUCGUAGAAUAUUCGGAGCAAGUUGACGAUGCGGUUAACGAACACAUUUCCAAGGAAACCUUCUUCAAAGCUCUCAAUUUACCGCUAACGGACGAAAACGACAUCAAUCUAAUCUUCGUACGGGGUCGGAUUCAAUGCGGUAAAUUGUUGCGUUUCCUUGAGAAGCAAUGUAGGUCAACAUUGUUGAAGUUGCAGGAAGCAGGUUUGCAUGUUGCGCACGUCAAGUUCGUACUCUCCAAUUUCCCGGUAUUGUUCUCCAAAUUACAGGAGUUGCGUGUAUGCUGGCACGAGGUGGAUUCGAAUACAAAAGAUGAGCAGAAUAAAGUCUCAAUCAAAGGCCUGGUUUUACCGUCCGUGCUGAACCGUCUGUUCAAGGCGGUGCGCCGUAUGCAAGGACAGGGAAUUAUUAAAGAUGCAUCUCUCACUGUUGAUUACAACACAGAGAUUGACUCGGAGUUGCAUGAGGAUUGUCUACAGAUAUCAGAUAGUAACAGGAUAUACAACAAUUUCAUAGCGAACAUGAGCGCCAUGGAGCGCCAUUUCCAGCACAUCUACGGUGUUCUUCGGAAGAUGGUGCCUUAUACAUACUUCGUGGUACACAAAGGUCGUGUGAGUGUGCCGGCUAGAGGUGCUCUGAGAAAACAGGGGAGCGUUGCGUUAUUGCAGUCCAUCAACAAUGCGGAGGUUGGAAGCCGAACGGUACACUUGGCUGAUAUACCGCGCUACAAACAGCAGGACUGGACUGCGAUUUGUCGCACAGAAUCAGAGACCAGCAGCAACAUCGUUAUUUUGAAGGACACCUUGUAUACAAACCUGGCGGCUAUCAAAUUUACUGUCGCACACCUGGAAAAUGCAAAUACUGUUAACGCCAUACCGACGAAAGUGCUCGUCGACGAAUCACUUGCCAGGGUCUCCUCUGUGGAAACGUCUUGCGCACUGGAGCACCCCUACAAUCUUAAAUGUUAUGUUGAUCUCUACCCUGCUGUAGACCACGGCAGGUCGCACGGGAUAAUGGACGUCGUACAGCCCUACCACUUGUCCAAUUUGGUUUGGUUGAUGGGAUACUUGCUACAUUGUGGUUCGUAUUUGCCGUUGCUCGAUCGACAAUGCAUGAUGGAAAACGGAUCAGAUCACUUCCGCGGAAAGCCUAAUGCUUUUAAUUUUAGUUCAACGAGGUCCAACGCCGAGGAUCUACACUACCCUGUGGAAGAGGUCUUUCAAACUGGAAAAUUUAAAUUCGAUGCCUCUGUAACAGGGUCAGAUCCCUUGGCCCAGCAGUCAUACGUCAUCAAACUGGCCUCUCGUGUAACUUUCAACAAGCGUUUCCUCAGCGUUUUCGGCUUGUCUUAUUCCGAACAUAUUCGUGAGAAACUCCAACGUAUACGCAAUCGCGAUGUAAAGCGCAAGGCUGCUCUUGAUACGUACCAUUCCGAUUCGUGUGAGACUCUACUCAUGCCUUCGGGGAAUCUGACAAGAAGUUGGGAAAGUUUGUUGCAACGAUCACAAAACGAAGCAUCUGCGCUCAAUGGUAGCCAAUCAAGCUACCAGGAUAUUGAUGACUCAUAUGUCGUUAAUGGUGCGAUGUCGCAUGACGAACUUAUAGAUGGGGAAUCUACACAGCGAUUGAACUAUCGAGAAAACAGCAAUAGUUCUAUAGGACUCCUAAACAAGUACACAUCAACCACCCCGGAGGAAGAGCUGAAUCCAAGACUUCGCAGCUCAGACAGCUUUGGAUCUGUUUCAUCAGCUGCGCGUGCACACGGCAGGCUGCAUCAUUGUUUCUUCAAUUUCGACACAAAAGCCCCUUUCAAGGACUCUACAGACCUUUCGAUCUUACAGCAAGAGAUUGAAAACGUUUACGUCCCCGAUGACGCCCAAGGUAAUAGGCGUGCAUCAAAGAGACACAUUGUGUUCGUUUUUUUGACUGCAAGGGCCAUUUCACCUUUGGUAUCUAGUAGGAUAAAGUUGGUCAAGGAUGUCAUUAAUUCGUCGGAUAUCGCGUUCCUUUACGACGAUGAUCCUAAGCUAGAACAGCCAAUGGAAUAUAAUGCUUUAAACGCGCAAAGCUACACGGAAAGCUUCAAAUCAGAUUCUGUUGCUACCACAUUUGGGCAAUUUUACGCGAAGGGUAAUAUCUCCUAUUCAUUUUUGGACAAGGAUUUGGUCUGUGACCUUUAUUAUAUUUGCAUGGAGGGAGGAACAAUUGCUACCAAACCGUUUUCGCGCAUUGAUUCUCAACAGUCUAUACUCAGUGCUUCAACAGGUGGGAUUCAUAGGAGGGAGUUACGUGAACAUUUUGUGAGUUACUCAUGGAUAUGCGACGCAUAUUUCGCCGGAUGUAUCGACUUACGCUGCGAUGUUCCUAGCAUUCAUUCGUUGCGAGUCACAGACGGUGAAAUUAGUGAUCCUUUCUAUUUUCCCAGGGACAGCUCCGUCCAGAAAUCAAAUGACGAUUGGCCUCUGGAGUUUUUGACGGUCUAUAGGAAUGUGAAGUUCCUAUGGGGCUGGUAUAUAUAUGUUUUAAGUCUGCCGGGUCAAGUUUUCAGCGACGGCGAUGCGUUGCUCUACAAGAAGCAUUGCGGUAUUCGCAUAGCGUCACACGAAUCACUCCAUUCCAUUGCAAACGAUAUUAAAACUCGAUUGGAAGAUGAUAUGCAGCGCUUUAACCUAGCAGAAAACGAUGUAACAUUGUUUUUGUCACAUCCUCGGAUUUAUACAAACACCAUUGUGUUGGUGGGAGAUCAUACGUUGCAGGCUGCGGAGUCGGAGCGGGAAAAGGAGGCCUGGGAUUAUCGCGAUGGUUGUCUGCGUGUAAUGUUUGGUGGCAAGUUGGUAUCUUUCGGAAAAUACGAAGGCAUACCCUUGCUCAAGUUGAGCUGGAUUACAGACACUCUGCAACACGCGAAGCCAGCGCCGCUAUCUAACUAUGGUAUAUGA